AUGGGAAGCAAGGGCUUCAAGGGUGUGAUAGUGUGUUUACUCAUACUGGGGUUGGUUCUGGAACAGCUGCAGGUAGAAGGCAAGAGCUGCUGCAGGAGCACCCUGGGAAGAAACUGCUACAACCUUUGCCGCGCCCGUGGUGCUCAGAAGUUAUGCGCAGGCGUCUGUAGGUGUAAAAUCUCAAGUGGCCUAAGCUGCCCUAAAGGCUUCCCUAAAUUGGCCCUUGAGUCCAACUCAGAUGAACCAGACACCAUUGAGUACUGCAACUUGGGAUGUAGGUCUUCCGUGUGUGACUACAUGGUCAACGCAGCUGCUGACGAUGAAGAGAUGAAACUCUAUGUGGAAAAUUGUGCUGAUGCUUGUGUCAGUUUCUGUAACGGUGAUGCUGGCCUCCCAUCCCUUGAUGCGUACUGA